AACAUGAAAAACAUUAAACUGAACAAUAAUUAAAUUAUUGAAGAAAGUAAUACAAUGGAGUUUGUAAGAAUUAAAGAAGAAAUACCUGACGGAACUUUUACAAUGAAAGAAAAAAUGCAAGAAGAAACCAACGAAACUGAACAUGGAACACAUCCUCAGAAGCCCCAAUUAAGAACUCAGAGUGCAGAAAAAAAUUUUAUAUGUGAAAUUUGUGAUAAAAAAUUUAUUAAUAAUAGUAAUUUAACUGUUCAUAAACGAACUCAUACCGGAGAAAAACCUUAUUCAUGUGUAAUUUGUGAUCGAAAAUUUAGUUGUCAUAGCACCUUAGUUGUUCAUAAACGAACACAUACUGGUGAAAAACCAUUUUCUUGUGAAGUUUGUGAUAAAACAUUUAGUCAGCAACAAAGUUUAACAACACAUAAAAGUAGGAUUCAUAUUCAAGAAAAAUUAUUUACAUGUGAAAUUUGUAAUAAACGAUUUUUCCGCCAAAACGAAUUAAUUAUACAUAAACGAACGCAUACGGGGGAUAAACCAUUUUCAUGUGAUAUUUGUGAUAAAAAAUAUAAAUCACAAAGUAAUUUAACAACACAUCAACUAAUUCAUACCGGGAAAAAGCCGUACUCAUGUGAAAUUUGUAAUAAAACUUUUACUUUUAACAGUAAUUUAAUUAUACAUUUUCGAAUUCAUACCGGUGAAAAGCGUUUUAAAUGUGAUGUGUGUGAUCGAAAAUUUACUUUUAAACAUGGAUUAAUUAAACAUAAACUUAUUCAUACCGGGGAAAAACCAUUUUCAUGUGAAAUUUGUAAUAAAUUAUUUAAUAAUAAAUAUAAUUUAAUUAAACAUAAAGGAACGCAUACCGGUCGAGAAAAACCAUUUCGAUGUGAAAUUUGUGAUAAACGAUUUUUCCAGAGAAGUGAUUUAACUGCACAUAAACGAACACAUACCGGGGAAAAACCAUUUUCAUGUGAUUUUUGUAAUAAGGUAUUUAAUCAGCAACAGAGUUUAAAUAGACAUAAAAGAAUUCAUUUUCGUGAAAAACCUUUGAAUGUUAAAUCUGAAACUGUUACAUUGGAACAUGUAGAAAUUAAAGAAGAAAUAUCAAAGGAAAUUAUCAAAAUUGAACAUGUUUUAAUUAAAGAAGAAAUAUCCGAUGAAAAUUUUUGAACAAUUUUUUUUUGAAACGUGUUUAUAGGACCUGGAGGAACAUUCAGUCAACUUAAUCUAGUCAGAGAGAUUAAAGUUACAUAGAUGUGAGUGUCAAAUGAUUUUAAACGUAUCAACAACUGAGGAAAUUGCUUAGGUCAAAUCCAUCAUGGAAAACGUUAUCCCGAAA